AAAUUAAAAUUUUUUGUUUUAAAAAUUCAACAAAAUAAUGACUCUACCGGCUUUAAAAUCAACAGCCAAAAUACAACAACUACAUCAUAAAAACAACAAUAACAUUAACAGCAGAAGCAGUAAACAACCACAACAUUUUCGUAGUGGAUCUUUUAAUAUGAUCAACAUGUUUAAGGCAGUUAUAAAGCUGCCCAUAGUGCUGCUACUGCUGCUGCUACAGCUGACUAUGAUGAUGAGUAGUUACGUUAACGCACAAGAUUAUUAUUUUUCUAAUCCAAAUACCCAAAAUCGUUUUGUGCCAUCUUCACAAUUUCAAAAUUCACGCAAUUACAAUCGAGCAGCUGGAACCACAGCGGCUGGUAGUCCGGGCUCUUAUCAGGAACAGAUUUUAUUUAUAGGCAAUGAAAGCAAACAGCCACAAAGUCAACCUUUAACCUCGGCAGCCUACACACCAUUUGGACAACAAUAUACGAACACUCGCAACAAUGACUACUAUGACAUCUCACCCCGUCCCUUUGGCGUGCCAGGCUCAGCAACUGGUGCCGCAUCCGUCAAUACUUAUACACGUUCCAAGUCGUUCAAGCCCAGUAGCAGUAGUUUUACACAAACCAACGGUUUUGUGCCACAACGAGUGAAUGUGCCACACCAACAGACACAAUUUCUGCAGCAUUUCAAUGAACCAACGGUGGAUAAACCCGCAACCUCAAACCGUUUGUCGGCCUCAACCGGCUUUGGCAAUUCCGUGGCUAGACCUUUUGGCAAUGGUGGUGGUUUCUCGCCCAGUUCCAAUCGUAAUCGCCCUGCAGCCAAUAGCUACACAAACUUGGAUGCUCCCGUAGGACCACAAACACAACAACAACAGGUUCCCUUCCGUAACACCAGAAAUCGUUUUCAACCCAGUUCAGCCACCACAACUACAACCUCCACUUCAACUACCGAAUAUCCAAGCACCAGUCGCCGGUACAAUCGUUUUGGCGGCAGAUCACAAAAUCUAUCCUCAGGAGGUUUUAGACCAGCAACACAAACCACCACACAGUCCAAUAAUCCCGAACUAAGUAGACUCACUGUGAAAACCAACAAUCGCCGUCCCGCCUUCAUCAGUCGUGAGGUAAAUGAGCCUAUACAACAAAAUAAACCUCUAAAGAACUAUCAGGUUAAACAAGGCAGAGUGAAAUUACCUCUCAAAGAUAAAUUGCUAAAGCAACAGGUUUCCGCUUCCUCUACACCUUUUAGGCCACAAUUGCCUUUUGUUACACAAAAAGAAAGUGGAGGUUUGAGUGAUGAAUAUGAGGAAACCCACGAACAGUUGGAUAAUAAACUAAACCGAGCUCAAGUAAAGGAGCCAGUUUUAGAAAAACUGCAACUGCAAGAGGCAGAAGUGAAACCCACAGCUAUAGAUAGCUUAGCCAAGUCAACAGAAAUUUCUGCCACCACCUUUAAAGUGCCAACAAAUUCAAAAGAACACCAAGAGGAAGUAGUGGCUCAGAAUUCCGCCAAUGCUUCGCAAAGUGAAGAAACUCAAAAAUCCGAAGACAACGAUGAAGAAGGUGGUGAAAAUUAUUCCGAUGAAUAUUCCCAAGAAGAACAUCAAGAUACAGAAAGUGGUAGCAAAGAAACCAAUACCCAGCACUCUCUAGAGGAUGUGGCUCAUACCACUGAAAAGCCUCUGCAACAGGAUGAAGAAUAUCAUGAGGAUGAGGAGCAUGAAGAAGGUUUGAAAGCCACCGUUAUGCCAGUAACAGAACCUACUACUACCACUAACAAGCAAGAGGAGCCUCAAGUGAUAACCACUACUGAAUCACAGGCUGAAGCUGAAACAGAUAAAAUAACAGCCACAGUUUUAAUGACCACCACUGAGUCUUCGGGUGAAAAGGAUGAACAUCAGCAUGAUGAAGAGUCUAGUGCGGAUUAUGAUGAAGAGGACUAUGAGGAAGAAAGUGGGGAUGAGGAGAGUGGUGAUGAUGAGGAAGAUGAGGAGGAGCAUGAGGAGGAACAUGAAGGUUCAGCUCAUAGUUCGGAACAUAUUGAUGAUUCCUUUACCACCACUUCUACCACGACCUUAGAACCCAGUCCCUUGAUCUUAGAUAGAGAAGUUAUUUCGGUGGUCACCACCAAGAGUGUGGUUAAUGGUUCCACCGCCUUUCCCUCGCCCGUUACCCCACGUUCUACAACACUGUCCAUGGAAGAAGAAGCCAUAUUUACCGAACACAAAGUUUCACCAGCUUCUGAUGAGGCCUCGGAGGAAAUUGAGGGGCCUACAACACCCACUCCUAAAGCCAUCAGUGAAGAAGGUUUGAUUAAUACCACUGAGGGCUAUAUAGUGGUAGCUUCUAUACAGACUAGCAGAAGUAUAAAUGGAGCUCGCUUUUUACCCUUCCCGGCCAUACAACAAGAUGAAUCCAAGAAGUCGUUAUCCGAAUUGGAACACAAUGCCAAAGCCAAGGCCAAUAAAAACAAACAAGACUCAGCUUCGGAACAAACCAAUGAAAGUAGUGAAAUGGAGGAGAAUACUACAGCACAAACAGAAUCGACUACUGAAAACACUACCUCCUCACAGGUCUCCUCCUCCACCGAGAGCAUCAUAGACAAAUUGGAUAGGGUACAAUCAGAGUUAUCCAGUGGCUUAUUGGCUGGCAAAUAUCCCAUAAUCAGUCAAAUGGGAGUUUCAACACCCUCCACCACUUCCACAUCCGGCAAUAGAUUUGCUCCCAAUAUACGCAAGUUCCAGCACAAGACAACACCAGCUCCCAAGGUAAGGGUACACAAUUUCGAUGCAACACCAGCUCCCAAAGUCAAAGUACAUCAUAUCGAUGAAACCGAAAUGGAUGAAUUGGCCAGUUUACUGCCUGAUGGCUUUAAAAGAACCUCGUAUAAGAAUCGUAAGAUAACUACGACCACCAAGAAACCCGAGCAAGAGGUGCAUGAAUUCAAAAAACCCCUAAGAAAUUCCACCAUAGGCAGAUCCUUUAAAAACACCCCACAAGCACAAGAUGUUUCUUUGGCUGGUUUAUUGCCCAAGGGCUAUAAACCGCCAGCGUCCACCGAAAGUCCCAAAAACGAUUUACACAGUAUUCUAAGCAAAAUCAAGUUUGAUGAUAACCUCGAUAAAUUGCUGCCCAAAGAUUAUAAAGACAAGGCUACCACAGCCAAACCUGCGGUUACUUUGGUAGAUGAUAUAUCCAAAUUUUUACCACCAGGUUAUAAAAUAACCACACCCACCACGCCCACUAACAAGGAGGAGCAGGAGGACAAUAACAAGAAAUCCGAAGAGAAUAAGCAAUCAUUGGCUGGGGUUACAGCUGCAGAACCAGAUGAUAUAACCAAAUUCCUGCCUCAUGGUUAUAAGUUAAGGACAACCAGAAAACCUUUGCCUAAAUUGGAACCAGAGGCUAUAGAUAUCUCCCAGCUCUUGCCUAAGGGUUAUAAGCCUUCCGAUGAUAAGGAAAAAGAUCCAGUGGAUAUUUUAAAGAAAAUUGAAUUUAAAGAAGUGGCUUCUUUGUUGCCUCCUGGUUUCAAGCUUGAUAGCUCGGAAGAUGAAAAACCCAAACAUCCGGCGUCAACUUCUACCAGCACUACCUCAACUACUACACAAAAGCCGGCUGAGGAAGCUAAUAGCAAUUCUUCGGCUGCCGCUGGCUCAGGCUUCAAAGUGGUCUUCCCUAAGGGUAUACACAAACGUUUGGGAGCUCAACGCUUAACUACACCCAGAUCCCAAAUUGAUUCGGGAGAGAAUAUGGGGGGCUUUGGAGGCUCACCAGCAGUAGUUGUGAGAAAAGGUCCUCCUACUAGAGCCACCACAGAAUUUACCGGCUGGCCUACACCCUCCACCACACCCAUAUCCAUAGAAAAGUUAUUGGAACAAGCCAAGGCAGCCACCAUUAACUUUGAAGAUUUACUGUUAUCCUCCACCUCUACAACUACUACAACCACUACCACCACAACAACCACCACUACCACACCCAAGCCCACUAAACCUGGCUUCUGUACAGCUGAUUGUGAUUUGGCAGCCACCAUUAAGAUUAUAGAUGGAGUAUCCUGGAAGCCAGAGUUAUUGGAUCAUAAUACAGAUGAAUGGAAGAAUUUGGCAAGGGAAGUAGAGGCACAAUUAAAUGAAGUCUACUCCUCGGCCCCUAAAUUGAGUAAUUGGUAUAAAAAAGUGCGUAUAGAUAGUUUUAGUAAAGGCAGUGUUUUGGUGGACUACUAUGUAGAAUUGGCCAAUAUAACCCAGGAUGUUAAUACCUUGGAAAUUAAAAAACUCUUCCAUGAUGCUUUAACCGCCCAACCCAUAUUGCCACACAAACCGGAAACCGAAAAUGAAACCGACAAUGAGGAGGACAGCAGUUAUCAAGAUAUCAAAGAGGAAAAACUAGUCAAAGAAACCUUCCUAAUGGGUAAAUAUCUUAUAGAUCCAGUGGCCACAGAUUUCUCAGUCAUACCCAAACCCUUGACGCCCAAUGUGGAAUUUGCCGAGGAAGAUUUGUUAAUACCCCAAUGGGCUAUAGUGGUUAUAGUCAUAGGAGUGGGUUCCCUGGUUUUUGUGGUUAUAUUUGGUAUAACUGUGUUACUAAAUCGCCAGAAUCGUGCUAAAAAGACUCCCAUACCCUUGACCAAUGACAUGUUGAAUGAGCUGAAAAUCAAUCACAUGGGCGGUGCGGAUAAUUAUGGGGUAGAUGAUUUCUAUAAUAUAGAUGAUGCCUGGAAUGAUACAAAACAACCUAUUAAACCAAAGCGCUUCACCAACUCCAUGAACGACAGCAGCGGCUCGAAUAUCUACGACAGUUGGCGUUCAACACGUCAGCAAGGUGACUACUAUUAUGAUUCGCAAAAUAAUUACUCCUCCCAAAAGGGUGACUCACUGCAAAGAUCUCUUAAACAUCAUCCUCACUCACAAUACUCCAACCACUCACAGCAGCAGCCGCAGCACCAUCAACACCAACAGCAUCAUCAACAGUCACUGUAUGGACAUCAGUAUCCGGAUGCAUUUGCGGAUGCCCAUCAAAUGUACACCUACAAUAAUCAAACGAAUGGCCGAUCAUCACGUUAUGCACGUGAUUAUGAUCCCGAUUUUUAGCUUGUAAAAAUUUAGCAUACAUUUUCAAUUUACAAUAAAUCAAUAAAUAAUAUAAACCUAAAAACAUGUAUAUAAAAUAUUUCAAAUUUCAAACAUGUUCUUUAAAACAUCUAACUAAACUUCUCUAAACUUUCAAUUUCUAAUAAAUAGUUUUUAAGUUUUAUAUGAUGCUCUUUAAUUUUUAAUUUUCUUAAUAUUUAUAUUUAUUACAUUACAUUACUUUUCUUUUUUUAUUUUUAUUCCCUUUUCAAAAUAUUCGAUUUUGUAACAAAAUUAUAAAUGUGCCUUGUUGAAAUUAUUUACCUUUUUAUACAAAAUUUAUAAAAAGUUUCCUUAAUUUUUUUAUUUGUAAUGAAAAAUUAUAAAAUUUUAUUAUAUUUUAAUUUAAUUUUUAAGCUUUAAAUUGAAUUUAACAAAUUUUUUAUUUUGCUAAAACAAAAUGAAAAUUUCUAUGAAAUCAGUCAAGUUCUUAGGUUUUAAUAGUUUGUAUAUUAUAAUUUUAAUAUUAAUUAAUAUUUUUAACAGCAUGAAUAAAAAAAUAUACUUAAACAUUUAGUUCAUUUAGUUUUUAAGUUAUUAAAACAUAAAAUAAAACUAUUAUUUUAGAAAAAUAAAAUAAAAUAAAGAAAAAAUUAAGUAAAAAACAAAUAAA